AAGCUUCGUGUGCCAACUGUGCUGUCGCACAGAUAACUGAGUGUUGUGGAGCUGUAACUUCAGCUAUUUAGCCUGCGUAGACAUGGAUUCCAAAGCCACGGGACCAGCUCCUGUCUACCCAGCACCUGAAAAUAUUCCUUCUGGACUGAACAUUUUAAGAACAAUACCCUAUGCUUUGAUCCUGCCAGAGCUGAUCUUUGGCUGCUGGGUUUGGAUCCUUGUAGCAGCUACCACCGUGCAUUUCCCUAUGCUGCAGGGAUGGGUUAUGUAUGUGUCAAUCAGUUCCUUUCUCAUCUCCCUGGUGCUUCUACUGUCCUACCUGUUUGGCUUCCACAAAAAAUUUGAGUCCUGGAGAAUCCUGGAUAGCCUUUACCAUGGAGCCACUGGCAUUUUAUAUAUGAGUGCUGCAGUCUUACAGGCUAAUGCAACGAUCCGUUCCGAGACGGAAGUAGACAAACAAUUUAUACCUCGCUCCUAUCAGCUCAAUGCUGCAGCCACGUUCUUUGCUUUUAUCACCACUCUGCUGUACAUUUUGCACGCCUUCAGCAACUACUACCAUUGA